AUGCCUCCUCGUAGAGCUAACUCAAGGAAUAUGAGUGCCAGGAAUGAAAACACAGCUCAUCUGAUCCCAGAUCAGGAAGUCUCCAAUGCUGAGAUCAGAAAUGCUAUACAGAUGUUGGCUCAGAGUAUGACCAACCUGAACAAUUGGGUUCAUGCUCCAUUGAAUACAAAUGGUGGAUCAGCAGCAACAAGGGUCCCUGACUUUGUUGAGGGUGAUAUACUUAGGGAACAGGCUAAGGAGAACAAUAAGGCUAGGAAUAGGAACUAUCACUAUUCUCAGCAAAAAUCGGGUGGUGAAAAUCACUCGCAGAGUCAGCAAAAGUUUUCAGCUCCAGCCCCUUCGUCGGCUAGUGUUCCAUCCUCCAAGAACAGGUAUGACGAGAAGGCUAGAGCACCAUGCUCUAAGUCUCAGGGAAGUUUUUCAAGCACCAGGACUUACCCCACUUGCCCUAAGUGUGGUAAGAACCAUCAGGGCAAGUGUCUCCUAGGAAAAGAAGGAUGCUUUGGGUGCGGUCAGUCUGGUCACAUGUUGCGGGAUUAUCCUGCUAGACAGGGUCAAGGAGGUGGUAAUGGUACAACUCAGUCAACAACUUCAUAA